AUGCUACCGCAGCCGCCGUCACCGGCCCUUUCGCCGCGCGCGAGCGCGCCCCUCGCCGCGGCCUCGCGCAUGAGCCCGUCGCUGUCGUCGGACCUGCCGGCGCGCGGCCGCUCGCUGUCGUACCAGGACCUGUCGCGCUGCUUCCACCUGCCCAUUAACUCGGCCGCGCGCGAGCUGGGCGUGUGCGUCACCGCCCUCAAGAAGCAGUGCCGCCGCCACGGCGUCCCGCGCUGGCCGCACCGCAAGCUCAAGUCGCUCGACAAGCUCAAGGAGCGCCUGGAGAAGGAGGAGGCUACCGCCGCCGACAAGGAGUACUACAAGCACGAGAUCCACUCCAUCGUCCAGAAGAAGCACCACAUCUUCCGCGCAACCCCCUCCUCGCGCGACCACCCCUCCGACUCACACCCCUCCGACCACCCAAACUCCUCCUCCCACUCCCUCGUCGACCCCCGCACCCACUCAUCCUCGAGACCCCCGCACCCGUCCUUCUCGCAUGAACACCCGCCGCCCCCGCACCACCCGCACACCCCCGUCCUCAUGGUCUCCAACCCCCCGCCGCUGCCGCACCACCUCCCGCACUCGCUCCCGCCCCCGCAAUCCCUCGCUCCCGUCCCGAUUCCCAUGUCUUCCGUUUCCUUUUGCGGCGCCAUGGGCUGUGACUGUUGCGUCAAUGGCGGCGUCUCAUCCCAGGGCUACCAUCUCCCUUUUGUCCGACAACCCAUGCCCCCGGCUUCAUCAAACUCCUCGCGCGCUCCCCAAAAACCCCAGCCCAAUCCUUCCGGCCCCGUCCCGUCUCCCGGCCCCCCGCAAUUCUACGGUAUCCCUCCGUCCCAGUAUCCCUACGUCUCAUACCCGCCGCAGCCACCGCAGCCGCAACCGCAGCCGCAGCUGCAACCGCAGCCGCAGCCACAACCGCCGCAGCCCCCGUUUCACAACAUGGUUCAGGUCAACGUCUUGGAGCAGCAGCCAUACCCGCACCCAGUCAUGGCCGCCCCGGGCCAGCCGCCGCAGGCAAUCACCGCACCUCAGUCUGCCCAGGGCGUCGCUUCUGGUGGAAACGGUUCCCCGAAUCUCAUACAAGCUGGACCCAUGCUCCCGCAUUCCUCGGCUAUGACCGCUCCCAUCACAGCUGCCGUUCAGCAGCAGCAGCAGCCGCAGUCGCAGCCGCAGCCACAGUUUGAGGUCUAUUCCGGUCAGGGCCCUCCGGGACAAGCACAGAACGGCUUUGUGUAUGGCGGCUUUCCGGCUCAGGCCCCGAUGCCAAUGGACGGCAUGGUGCAGGCGACACAGUCAAAACCCGCUACGCCUCAAAUGGUCCCGUACUAUUGGACCGAGUUGUCGCACUCUGCAAAUCCAAACAACCUCGUCACUAUGUACAAUCAGACCACACACUAUCAUCAUCAUCACGCUGCUGAAUCUGCUGCCAAUGGCCAUUCUGUUGCUGGCGGCAUGGUCGACGGCACUGCGUCGUCGGCGACCAACAAUAGUGACGCCGCCGACUGGCGCCGCAACGCGCUUCACAUGCGUCCCAAGGACACCUCUGGAAUGCCUGCAAACUCCACAGUUACAGGAUCUCGAGUCACAGGGCCUCGGAAACAGGACACCUCAAGGGUCGCCAUCCCGCCGCGCCCUACUAGCGCCCCCGCCGCAAGCUCGGCUGCGGCCGCAACGGCCGCGAAGCCCACUCCAACGAAUAACACUAGCGCCAACAAUAGAAAUCCCACCUCCAACGGCAUCGUGCGCAAAGACGGCAACGACCUGAACGCGGCCGGCAAGGAUGUCAUUACUGCAAAAGCAGCAAAGCAUACCCCCAGAACGAACGGUCGUGUGGAAGAGGAGAAGACGGAUUGCAAAAAGUCGUCGAGCGAUACUCGAAACACGAGCACGCGCGUGUCGCGAAACGGACCGGGCAGGAGCGGCGCAAAGGAUACUGAUCGCACCGCAGUCUUGCCUACAAGCCCGAGAGACACUAAUGGCGCAGUGUCGCGGCACGAAUCUUCUAAACUGAAUAGCCCCAAGCCGAGCAAGACAAGCGAUGUCGUUCGAACACCAGAGCUGGAUAUCAGCAAUCGUGGUCAGCCAAAGCAUAGGGGACAAGCCCUCAAGCCUGUGAUGCAGACCAAAAACGUCUCUCAUCCAAAGUUGAGGACCGGAGCACCCUUUCGACAUACUGGUCAUGGUCAUGAUCGUCAUGCUGCGCAUGACCGCCGCAGGGUCACCGGCAAGAGCGUAACUUCGAGAUCCCCGAACAAGCGACCGCGUCGAGCAAUGGGGACGAUGCAUGGAUGGGGACCGCUCUACAUUUCGGCUGGAAACACCGGCCUGCCCCUGCCCUUGCAUCAUGAGCGCGAGGUAACAAGGCGCGUUCGAGAAAUCACGCCUCCGUCAGACAGGGAGGAGUCGCCGGGAGACCCAGACACCGGGGAGGGAUCAGGUUCCGGAAGCGGCACAGGGACCGGAUCCGGUUCCGGAGAUGGCACUGGAUCUGGUUCAGGAGACGGAUCGGGUUCCAGGUCGGGUGGAGGAAGUAGGGGGAUCUGCGACGACAGAAGGGCAGUACAAGGAGAGAAGGGUGCCUUGAGUCGAGAGGCACGAGUACGGGGGAGAAAGCAAGAGCGGAUGGAUCCUCCGUCACCAUCUACUGGUUCGAUCGCAAAACGUCGAAAGAGCGGAAACGGGCAUAGCGGAAACGGGCAUAUAGUGAACGCCUGGAGACUGGCGGGAGCCGUGGGUGGAGAGGACGGGGCGGGCACUGGACUUGUCGGGCCUGGGAGAGAGGGCGCGAGCUCAACAGCUGUACGAGCAAGACGAUAUGAGCAGGUCGUGCACCAGAGCGUUGCCCUCGGGUGUGCGCAAUGGAGCGUGGACAAGAGCACACGACUGACGUCUAGCAUGGGCUCCAAGGCGCUGUUGGGCGUACUCGGAGUAUCUGGACUCGGCAGCGAAGGUGGGGCGGAUACGGUAGAGGGAAUGAGAGGGAGAUACACUGCGGCAUUGCGUGGUCAAAGAACGGAAUGGAUCGCUCGACAAGGAAAGAAGCGAUUUUUGGUCGUGGUGGCCCCUUUUAAGAAGCGAGGAUGCGCGGAAAUUUCUGGGGCUUGUGGUGUGAUCGUGGAGAUGACGGGCAGUGCAGUUUCACGAUGA